AUGCUUUCUCCCGCCGCUCUCCUCUCGCCAGAGCCCGGCCCGACAAUGGUAGACUUCCUCUGCGACGGCUACAGAACCAUCUUUCAGACCAAGUGGCGGCCCUUCUCCCUCCUAGGCAGCGACGAUCCCAGCACCCGCCCGGGAUGGCACCGUAACCUCAGCCGCCUGUGUCACCGGACCCCAUGUUUCGUCUACGAGGGACGACGCAGCCGCCUGAAGCCCGACGAACGCUGGAUUUGCAGGAGGCAGGCUGCUCGUUCCGGCGAGGCGGCCCAGAAACUUGCCGACAGCAUGCUCUCCAUCAACUACCGCCCCGGUCCGGGUGCGGCAGCAGUCAAAGAGAAUCUCAGCCGUCGCGGCCGACACGAGCCCAAGUCCGCUCUCGCUCGGCGUUGCUCCGAGGAUGAUCCUCUGAAUGACGAUUUGUCCAGACUCGCCUCUGGCGGCGUCUGUCCCCGGUCGACCGGCCUUAUGGGAUACCUCCUCCUUUCCGUGCAAGCCACCAAGGUGCCUCAUCAAGAUCGACGACGGGGACGCUGGCCUUCACCUCAAACUCAUUCAGAAGAGUUCCCACGAUACUGCGCCCUGAGCUACUUCUGGGACGACCCGGCUCGCCAUGCCCAGAAGAAGACGCUGCGGGGCACCCUUGGAACACACGAGUCCGUCAUCGACCCCACUGGCCUGACCCGGACCGUCGCUGACGUCGUCGCCUGCUGCCGUCGCCUCGGCCUCCCCCAUCUCUGGGUCGACGCGCUGUGCAUCGUCCAGGAUGACGACGACGAUAAGCUCUCCGAGAUCGCGGCCAUGGGUGACAUCUACGCCAACGCCUACCUGACUCUCGCCCCCUUCAUCGCGGGUGGGAGCGAUGACGGCUUCCUGGCACCGAAGGAGAACCCCUUUCUGUCCGCCCCUAUCCCCGAUAUUCGUAGCGACGGCGCACCGGUGGACGUCAAAUUGGUCCCGAGCAGCCGAGGCCUUCUCAGCCCGUCGACCUUGGUCCGGUUGAAGGGUCAGAGGCCGAAGCCGGCCAAGUCGUCCGAGCCGCUGCAUUCCAGGGGGGCUGGACCUUCCAAGAUGUAAUGCUUUCCAAAA